UUUCCGUAGUUGUCUCCGCGUCCAAACUUCCUGAGAGCGGCUCCGGGCCCUCCCUCCGCUUCCGACGGCCGCGCUGCGCCUCCCGGCCCGCUGGGGGUCCCCGGUCCCGGCCCGCUGGGGGUCCCGGUCCCGGCCCGGAGGGGGUCCCGGUCCCGGCCCGGAGAGGGUCCCGGAUGGCGCUGCGAGCCGCGGCGUUGGCGGUGCACGCCUGCCUCCUGGCCGCCCUCCACCCCGGAGACCCCAACGUCUGCAGCUACUGGGAGAGCUUCACGGCGGCGGUGAAGGAGUCGUACGCCAAGCCCCACGUCGUGGCCUCCGCCGAGCCCUGCGCCAGGGCGCUGAGCUCGUCCCAGCCCUGCCUGCAGCAAAGGAUCGUGUACCGCACCGAGUACCGGCAGGCCGUGCGCACCGACUACCGCCGGCGCUACCAGUGCUGCCUGGGCUACUACGAGAGCCGGGACGUCUGCGUCCCUCGUUGCAGCCAGGAGUGCGUCCACGGCCGGUGCGUGGCUCCCGAGCGCUGCCAGUGCGAGCCGGGCUGGAGGGGGGGCGACUGCUCCAGCGGUGAGGGCGCGGCGGGGAGGGG